UAUAAUACAUGUUAAGCCAAUAAAGCUGUUAUAGUGAUAAAAUAUUCAAGAAAACACUUUCGUCUUUGGUUAGUUUACCUACUGUUUUGAAUACGUUUCAAGUGAUUGGAAAAUCGCCCAUGGCUAACAUAGCACAUUCAAGCCAUAACAAUAACUCAGUUUUGAACCAAGGCAAACUUGGUGGCCCCAGAAGUGGCCCAAUAAACUCUAAGUCCAUGUCAAAGGAAAAGUCGGUGCACUCCGGACAAGUUGGUGAAGGGGAGGAUUGGAAAGCAAAUCUGAACAGACCUCCGGUCGACAACCGCCAGAAAACCACUGAUGUUACCUCAACAAAAGGUGUAGAAUUUGAAGACUUCUGUCUGAAGCGUGAACUCUUGAUGGGCAUAUUUGAAAAAGGUUGGGAGAAGCCUUCCCCGAUACAAGAAGAAAGCAUUCCAAUUGCUCUGUCUGGAAGAGAUGUGUUGGCAAGAGCAAAAAAUGGAACCGGAAAAUCUGGCGCGUACCUUAUUCCCAUGCUGGGUCGCUGUGAUUUAAAUAAAGAUCACAUUCAAGCAUUGGUUCUUGUUCCUACACGAGAACUUGCCUUGCAAACAUCUCAAAUUGCCAUUGAAUUAAGCAGGCACAUGGGAGCCCUGAAUGUUAUGGUGACAACUGGUGGAACGAAUCUUCGUGAUGACAUCAUGAGAUUAGAAAACAGCGUUCAUAUUAUCGUCGCAACACCAGGCCGUAUAUUAGAUUUGAUUAACAAACGCAUUGCCAAAGUAGAUCAUUGCAACAUGAUUGUACUGGAUGAAGCAGACAAACUUCUGUCCCAAGAUUUUAAACAAAUGAUGGAUAACAUUGUCACACAACUCCCUGUAAGCCGACAAAUUCUUCUUUUCUCUGCUACCUUCCCCAUUACCGUCAAAGAUUUUAUGCUGAAGCACAUGAAGAAACCCUACGAGAUAAACCUCAUGGAAGAACUCACACUGAAAGGGGUGUCCCAGUUUUACGCCUAUGUUGAGGAAAAGAAGAAAGUGCAUUGUCUCAACACACUGUUCUCAAAGCUGCAGAUCAACCAAUCAAUUAUUUUCUGCAACUCAACACAUAGAGUCGAGCUUCUUGCGAAAAAGAUAACAGAGCUCGGUUACUCCUGCUUCUACAUUCAUGCACGAAUGAAACAAGAGUACAGAAACCGUGUCUUCCAUGAUUUUCGGCAGGGCAUGUGCCGAAACCUCGUAUGCAGCGACUUGUUCACUCGUGGCAUCGACAUUCAAGCAGUGAACGUCGUCAUCAACUUUGACUUUCCAAAAAUGCCCGAGACUUACCUGCAUCGUAUCGGACGCUCGGGAAGAUAUGGCCAUCUUGGUUUGGCCAUCAACCUCAUCACAUACGAUGACCGUUUCAGCUUAGCGAGAAUUGAGGAAGAACUGAAGACAGAUAUCAAGCCAAUCCCACCUGUGAUCGACAAAUCACUUUACGUUGCCGAAUUUUCCAAGGAAGAGAAUGAUGAAAGUGGAAAGUAAUUGACAAGUCUUGAGAAAUAUGUUACGAUGUACAAUUCAUACGAUAACUCAAGAGACGUUUCUAUUGAUGAAACUGUUAUGAUAAGAUCAUCAAUUUUCCUUAAACUACUAAAGCAUGGGGGAGGAAGCUUCAAGCUUGGCGCAACUACCACCAUGUUUCGUCAUUUCAAAUUAUUUUUGCGUGCCACUGAAAUGAGUUGCUCGGCAUGGUUUAUAAAUUUAUCAUUGUAGUAGCGUAAUAGUCUGGGUAUGUUGCUUAUUGUCUGUGUCAACUUGGCGCGAAAUAAAUGUUCUACUUGUCUACUAUUAAGCGCCAUAUUAUAUUAUUCCUGGCAAAUGGUAAAUCUUUUUUAAAGCUAUUGUCUCCCAGAAACAGUAAAAGCUGAAUUUGAAAUGUUUUUUUUAUUUUGUUUAUUUUUGGGGGGUUAUAUUGGGUAUUUCCCAUUCUAUUUCUACCUACAAUGUAACAUUUGCAGUGGUUUGUUGCAUUGUAUAUACUUUAGCUGUUAUUUUAAGAUCCAAGUCACAUGAAAACUCUUUAAAGCAUUACCAUUUAUGGUAUCUAAUAUCUAUGCUUAAAUAUAGAGAAGUUAAUGUGUUCCUGUAGCAACAGCAAACUGCUGUCUUUUUUCCUUUUUUAACACUUCAUAGUACGCAUAUUUACGCAUGGUCACAUAGUUUCUUUAUGGCAAUGGAAAAAUGUCAACAUAGUACCUGUGGUUUAUCUAUUCAUACUAAACUUAAACAAUUCACUCUUAACUCCUACAUUAUUCCUAUUAAUCAUGGUUUAAAAUUCUGUUCCAACUUGUAACUGUGUUUAUCUAUGUUUUACUGUGUUGUGUAAAUCGCAAACUUAAUCGGCCUGUUUGGUGAAUGUGUACCAUGGGCAGCACUGAUGGUAGAACAGUGCUUUUAAUUUUGUUUCACUUGUACACAAAAGAACGUGCACUGAUCCAAAAAUGCUGGUUAAGUUUGCAACAUAAAUUUGGCGAUAAUUCAUAAAAUUCAUUUGAACAAUUAAAUUUUUAGA